GUCCAAACGCAUCGAAGAUAGCGAGACCAAGUCCCUUCUUCUUCUCUCUCUCUUAUCCGCAGCCUUUGAAACCCUAGAAACAUCGGAAUUCGUGCAGUGGAAUCCUUGGAAGCAGCGGAAUUUUCGGGGAUUCUGACGCUGCUCGAGCAUUUGCGAGUUUGGAUUAGGACUCUGGGUGUUUUGAUUUGGGUUUGUUUGCGUGUGCGUUUUCUGUGGGGUAUUUGGAGUUCUCCCUCUGCUCUUUUUGUGGUGGUCUGAGUUUGUAGGGCCUGGAAUAUUGGGUUUUGUUUGGGGCGUUUUUGGGUGGCAAAGGAUGUCUUCUUUGAGCAGGGAAUUGGUGUUUCUUAUUCUCCAAUUCCUUGAGGAGGAGAAGUUCAAGGAGUCUGUGCAUAAGCUUGAGAAAGAAUCAGGGUUUUUCUUCAACCUGAAGUACUUUGAGGAGAAAGUUCAGGCUGGAGAGUGGGAAGAAGUAGAGAAGUAUUUAUCAGGAUUUACCAAAGUUGAUGAUAAUAGAUACUCCAUGAAGAUAUUCUUUGAAAUCAGGAAGCAGAAGUAUCUUGAAGCUCUUGAUCGGCAAGACAAGGCAAAAGCUGUUGAAAUAUUGGUGAAUGAUUUGAAAGUGUUCUCAACAUUCCAUGAAGAACUGUACAAAGAAAUCACCCAGCUUCUAACUCUUGGCAAUUUUAGGGAAAAUGAGCAGCUGUCCAAGUAUGGUGAUACCAAAACAGCCCGUAGCAUAAUGUUGAUUGAGCUAAAAAAACUGAUAGAAGCAAAUCCCCUGUUUCGUGAUAAACUAGUUUUCCCCACUCUGAAGUCAUCAAGACUGCGUACUCUUAUAAAUCAAAGUUUGAACUGGCAGCACCAGCUAUGCAAGAACCCAAGGCCAAACCCAGACAUUAAAACUUUAUUCACAGACCAUUCUUGUUCACCUCCAAAUGGUCCACUUGCACCAACACCAGUCAAUCUCCCAGUUGCAGCAGUUGCAAAGCCUACUGCUUAUACCUCUCUUGGAGCUCAUGGUCCAUUUCCACCCACUGCUGCAGCUGCAAAUGCUAAUGCUUUAGCAGGUUGGAUGGCCAAUGCCUCUGCUUCUUCAUCUGUCCAAGCUGCUGUUGUUACUGCAUCAUCCAUACCUGUUCCACAGAAUCAAGUUCCAAUCUUGAAACGUCCACGAACACCUCCAGCAACCCCAGGUAUGGUGGAUUAUCAGAGUACCGAUCAUGAACAACUAAUGAAACGACUGCGGCCUGCUCAAUCUGUUGAAGAGGUCACAUAUCCAACCCAGCGACAACAAGCUCCUUGGUCACUGGAUGACCUGCCCAGAACAGUAGCUAUGACCAUUCAUCAAGGAUCCAUUGUCACAAGCAUGGAUUUUCAUCCUUCUCAUCAAACAUUGCUUCUUGUUGGUUCUAAUAAUGGGGAAAUUACUCUCUGGGAAAUUGUGUCGUGUGAGAGGUUGGUUUCAAAGCCAUUCAAGAUAUGGGAUAUGACGGCCUGUCCGUUGGCAUUUCAGGCUUCUGUCGCCAAAGAUACACCAAUAUCUGUCAGCCGAGUUACAUGGAGUCCAGAUGGAAGUUUUGUGGGAGUUGCAUUUUCCAAGCAUUUGAUUCACUUGUAUGCUUAUCCUGGACCAAAUGAUCUGCGCCAAAAUGUAGAGAUUGAUGCCCAUGUCGGAGGUGUGAAUGACUUGGCUUUUGCUCAUCCAAAUAAACAACUAUGUGUUGUGUCCUGUGGGGAUGAUAAGCUGAUAAAUGUGUGGGAUUUGACGGGACGAAAGCUGUUCAACUUUGAAGGUCACGAGGCACCAGUAUAUUCUGUCUGUCCUCAUCACAAGGAGAAUAUUCAGUUUAUAUUCUCGACCGCUGUUGAUGGGAAAAUAAAGGCCUGGCUGUAUGACAAUGUGGGUUCGAGAGUUGAUUAUGAUGCUCCUGGACACUGGUGUACUAAAAUGCUUUACAGUGCCGAUGGAAGUAGGUUGUUCUCUUGUGGGACAAGUAAAGAUGGGGAUUCUUAUCUAGUUGAAUGGAACGAAAGUGAAGGAGCAAUAAAGAGGACUUAUACUGGGUUUAGAAAGAAAUCAGCAGGUGUUGUACAGUUUGACACAACACAAAAUCACUUUUUGGCGGCUGGUGAAGAUAGCCAGAUAAAGUUUUGGGAUAUGGACAAUACCACUGUUCUCACCAGCAUUGAUGCAGAGGGUGGACUGUCGAGUGUUCCCCGCCUGAGAUUCAACAAGGAUGGGAAUCUUCUUGCUGUUACUACAGCAGACAAUGGACUUAAGAUACUUGCAAAUGCUGUUGGUCUCAGAUAUUUUAGAGCAAUUGAAGUCCAAUCGUUUGAAGCAUUGAGAUCACCCAUUGAAUCUGCUGCAGUUAAGGUUUCUGGCUCUUCAGCCAUCACAAAUGUCAAUCCAGUCAAUUGUAAAGUGGAAAGGGGCUCCCCUGUUAGGCCUUCUCCAAUUCUUAACGGCGUUGAUCCCACGGGUAGAAGCAUGGAAAAGACAAGAACUGUGGAAGAUGUAACUGAUAGAACUAAACCUUGGCAGUUGUCUGAAAUUAUGGAUGCUGUCCAGUGUCGAUUUGUUACCAUGCCUGAUGGCACAGAUUCUUCCAGCAAGGUUGUACGACUUUUAUAUACAAAUUCUGGUGUUGGGGUUUUGGCACUUGGAGCAAAUGGUGUUCAGAAGCUGUGGAAGUGGACACGCAAUGAACAAAAUCCAAGUGGAAAGGCCACUGCCAGUGUCGUUCCAAAUCAUUGGCAACCAAACAGUGGUCUUCUCAUGACUAAUGAUGUCUCAGGUGUCAACCUUGAAGAAGCAGUUCCGUGUAUAGCUCUAUCAAAGAAUGACUCGUACGUAAUGUCAGCCUGUGGUGGAAAGGUUUCAUUAUUUAACAUGAUGACAUUCAAGGUAAUGACGACAUUCAUGCCACCACCCCCUGCUUCUACCUUUUUAGCAUUCCAUCCCCAGGAUAAUAACAUCAUAGCUAUUGGAAUGGAGGACUCAACUGUCCACAUAUAUAAUGUUAGAGUGGAUGAGGUUAAAUCAAAAUUGAAGGGUCAUCAGAAGCGGAUUACUGGUUUGGCUUUUUCGACAAAUCUUAAUGUCCUGGUUUCUUCGGGUGCAGAUGCUCAACUUUGUGUGUGGACCAUUGACACAUGGGAAAAGAGGAAGUUAGUUGCAGUCCAAAUACCAUCUGGAAAGGCACCUGCUGGUGACACUCGAGUACAGUUCCACUCUGAUCAAAUCCGUUUGCUGGUAGUCCAUGAGACACAAUUAGCUAUAUAUGAUACCUCCAAGAUGGACCGCAUCCAGCAGUGGAUCCCACAAGACGUGCUUUCAGCACCCAUUUCUUCUGCUGCAUACUCAUGCAAUAGUCAACUGGUUUUUGCCACCUUUUGCGACGGUAAUAUUGGGGUGUUUGAUGCUGAUAGCCUUAGACUAAGGUGUCGUAUUGCCCCAUCCGUGUAUUUGUCCCAGGCAGCUUUAAGCGGAAGCCAACCUGCAUAUCCCCUUGUUGUUGCUGUGCAUCCUCUGGAUUCCAACCAAUUUGCCAUUGGAUUGACUGAUGGGUCUGUAAAGGUCAUAGAGCCGAUUGAAUCAGAGGGAAAGUGGGGAUCGACUCCACCUAUUGAUAAUGGAAUACUGAAUGGCAGGACUGGAUCAUCAUCGACCACAAGCAACCACACUCCUGAUCAAACACAAAGAUGAGAUUUCUUGUAUUUUACAAGUAAAGUUAGUCACAUCUGUAUCUUUACUAGCGUAGAUAUUUAGGAUUUUACUUUCCCAUUUGUUCCUUUCCAAAGGGAAGCUUGGGCAUAAAAGUGUUCAUGGUUAGAGAUCUGUUCUUGUAUACGUAAUUUGUUGUAGGUCAAACUCAUAAAACGGACUGGAUGUUGUAAUCUCUUGUUCCUUGAAUGAAACAGGUGUAUGCAUUU